GACAUGCCAUACGAUGUCCACCAGGACACGCUUAUCUCUGCGGAAGAGGUAGAGAUUUUGCCUUGCCUCUGCGAGUAGCGGGACCUAGAGCGCACCUGACCAGAGGACUGGGUGGACAGAAGUCUAGCUGGUAGCGGACUUACGUUAGGCAGACGCCGUCGCUGCACUCAGCAUGUAACAUCGCCUGCCCUGGCUUUUCAUGACCGCACUCGACCCAUGGAUGGAGGAACGACAACGGCCAUAACGCAGACGGCACGCACGAGCCCCCCACACACGCCGUGCGCGGUAGAUGCCAAGCUGGCUCUUACGCCUCGACGCACACAUAAUGAGGGCAAGCAGUCUGACGACGCCCUGCUGCCGCCAGACGGCCAGCCCCGCAGCCCAGACACCUCCCCCAGCCCCGAGCCCGACCCGGACGCGAACGGCGGGUCCCCGCGCAGAACGAGCCCCAGGAUGCGCCGCCAGAUGACCAUCGAGCUGCCCCCGAACGAGCCCUUCGAGGUGCUCUACGACCACAAGGUCUCCGUCGAGGACCACUCGCCCAAGCCGUGCAUCGUCCCCGGCAACGCCCUCCACCUCAUCGACGACGACCCGUCUCCGCGCUCGCAGACGCCCUCGUCCGUCAUCAUCAUCGCCGACGGGACGGAAAUCCACGUCGGCAGCCACGACCGCACGCCCGACCAGGCGGGCGACGGCGGCGACAGAAGCUCGUCGGAGCCCCCGCCCGGCGCGCGCCCCCAGCCCCGCGUCCGCUUUCGCUCGCGUGUGCGCAUCACCUCCGGCGUGCACAAGCACCGUCACAGCGGGACACCUGCCCCGCAGGGCCAGCGCCGCCUUUCCUCGGGCACGCCCUCCUCGGGGUCGUCCCCGUCAUCGUCCAUCUCCGCGCCGCUGAGGUACCAGGCGGACGAGAAUGCGGCGUGGGGCCCGCUCGGGAGGAGACUGAGUGCGUUCGCCGCGGCGGGGCGGCGGAAGCACGUACAGGCGCCGCCGCAGUACGGGGAAGGGGUGAACGGAGGGGAGUCUGGGGCGCACACGAGUCCGAACGAGCGGUCGGCGUUGUUGAGGUCGGCGCGGAACGGGGGCUAUGUGGACCCGUACGACGCGGGUGUGAGCGAGGGCGACGAAGACGAUCUGGAGGAGGAGCUGGGGGCCGCUGAGCUGAGGCGGCAGAAGGAGCUGGUGUUCGGGCCUUGGCCAGGAAGGCUACUGAAUCUCCAUUGGUGGUGGUGGCACCUCGAGCCUAUAGUCUGCUGUACAUACUGUUCCGAAGACUCUGAUUACGACGAAUGACUUAUACCCCAUACUAUUACCUCGUAUGUAUCCAGCUCUCAUCACUCCCCUGUAGUAGUCUAUUCUGCCAUGCAUUUUCUGCGUCCUUACACUGCCUAUACAUACACGGGCUGCUGUACUCUACAUCGCGGGCUGUUGAAUCCCUACUCUAAACCAAGCGAGC